UUUACACGUCCGAUAAUCACAUAAAAACUGACAGGCAUUCUCAGACGUCAAAUAGUUUGACAGCUUUGAGUUGCGUGAGUUUUCCAGGUUGUAAAAAAUUUAACGACCUUCACCCCACGAUGCCAUCUCUUAUCGCCAUCCUCCUCUGUCUCCCCAUCCUCGCCCUAUGCCAAGACCCAGACACCAUCACCGCUAAUGUCUUCAAAAAGACGGACGUUGACGGAGACGGCAACAUCGAACGUCCAGAACUUGACCAAUACUUUAAGACUUUCGACCAAAACAACGACAACCGCAUCUCCCGACACGAGUACGGCCUACAGGUGAACGCCACCUACGUCCACGACCCAGUUGUCAGCCACAACCUCCACACCAUGUUCGACAACCUGGACUUCAACAACGACCACCAUCUGGACACAGCCGACUACGACCACAUGUUCACCACCUGUGACACGGACAACAACCAGCUCGUCAGCUCAGCCGAGUUCACCAGCUUCUUCAAGACUAUGCUGUUGGCCUCCAUGAGCCAAUAAACACAGAAACACAAGGUUUUGUCAUCGUCAUUCGUUCAUGAUUUUCACAAUA